GCUCCACCAAUCAGCGAUGCGGGGAAUGUCGAUGCCUGGAUGCUGAGGCGUAAGACAGCCUUGUCUGACUUUCUGAUUCAUUCUUCUUUUAUUCUCUUUUUAUUCCAGCAACACGAGUUCCAUACUGCUCGUGGCACCUUGUGUGUACCUAUCCACUACCAUUGCUACGACCAUAACCCUCACCAUCCACCACCACCACACCACUACACCUCACAACCUCACCACCACACCACCCACCUCAUAACUAGAACACUAGAACACCAAACCACCAGAAACAAAGAACCCAACAACAAAGAACCCAACAACAAUGACCCUCCUAACCUCCCUCCUCACCUCCCUCUGCUCCUGCUGCAGUCCCCCCAAACCACCUCCCGAACCAACCACCACCAACAACAACAACAACAACAACAACAACAACUACCCACAUGAACGCCAAUACCCCCCAACCUACCUCUCCCCGACAACUCUCACCCACCAACACCAACCCCAAUACCAAUACCAAUACCAAACAGCCUACACCACAAUCCACCCCCCAGCCUACACCCCCCGUCCGAACACCACCCACGAAAAAACCCUCGCCGCGCACCUCCGCGAUCCCCCAAUCUCCUCUUCCUCCUCCUCAACCUACUACAACGACGAGAAAUCCCACCAAACCCAGGAAGUAGGACAAGAAGAAACAACCCCCGACGACGCAUCCUCCGAAAUCUCCUUCCCAAGUACACAUAGUUAUGGGAAUACAUCCACCGCGACGAGGGAGACCCCUCCGCCGCCUUAUUCGUCGGGGAAUAGUGCCAGGGGGAGUUGGAGGGGGUCGGAGUCGCCGGUUCCGUCGUUGGUUAUGUCUAUGUCUACCAUGAUGACGGGGGAGGUGUCUGGGGGUGGGAGUGGGAGUGUGGAUGGGAGGGAUGAUGGGAAUGAUAGGGAUGGGAUGGUGCAGAUUGCGGCGCCUAGGGCGGUGUUUUUUCCCAGUGGGAGGUGGGGUGCAGAUGGGGAUGGGGAAUAUGAUGGGUAUGGGUUUGGGGAUGGCGGUGGUGGUGUUGGGGAGGGGAGGAGGUCGUGGGAGGGGAGAUGAUUCUCUCUUUUUCUCGCUUUGUAUGGGGGUGGGAUGGAUAUGUUUCUUAUGGUGUGAUGUGGAGUUCAUUUGGUUCGAGUGGGUUUAUUAAAGAGGGUAUGGUUGAGUGGUAGAUAUACACUACCGAGGUAUAUCAGCCUUAUUAGGCUUAAUGUAGGAAUUAUGAAUUGGGUAUGUAUGUAUGUAUGUCACUAUACGUACCUGUUUUU